AUGUGUAAGCGCAGUCUGUGGCGUUGGAGUUGCUUGGCUCACUUGGCGGCAUUGGGAGCUGCCAUCUUCCUCCAUCCCACCGUCUUCGUUGCUCAGUAUGCCGCUCAUUCGGGCAAACUUCUUCACGGAUUCCAAUUCGCAUGCGGUGGACGCCAUCCUCCCCGACACUAUGGCGAGCGCGCGAGGGAGAAGCUUCGUCACUUCCUACAUCCAACCGGCAAGAGAAUACAUGUAGCAACAGAUCCAGAGGAAGCGCAGCGAUUACGACUUAACCUCUCCCGGCUGCAUCAUGAGGACGAGUUUGAUGUCUACAUCUCGGGCACCCCAGAGCAUUUGGAAGCCGUGCGACAGGCGCGGGAGCAUCAUGAAGGUAGGCGAGCAGAGUUGAUGCAGCAGCAUGCAGAGGUGUAUGAGCGCUUCCGUGACGUGCAUAAUGAGCUUGACCUUCUGAGCAAUGAGCUCGAGAGGGUGACGACCCAUGGUGUCAGCCUUGAAGCGCAUUUCGAUCGGUUCGGCUAUAGUGCACGCAUUCGGAGCUACGAGGACGAAGAUGAAGUACCAGAUGUCAACAGUGGCAUCUCCACGCCUAGAUCCAGGUCACGGAGCGGAGACGGUGCAAGUGAGAAGCGAGGUAGCCUGGCAAGUGGUGCUGAGAGCAGUCAAGCAACGUCUCUCAAGCUCCUCAAAAGACCCAUUCUCCGACAAUACUUCCAUAAAGGCAUCUUAUGGCGCGCCUCAAGAUCGGAGGAGGUGCAGUCUUUCGAACUCUUCGUCGAUCUGCUCUACGUCGGUAUCCUCCAGAUCAACGGCGAUGCAGCUUCGGAAGACCCAACAGGUCUGUCCCUACUUCGCUUCGUUAUUACCUUUACCCUCAGUUACAAAAUCUGGAACGACAUGGCGCAGAUUAUAUCCUGGUUCGAGACGGACGACAUCGUGCAACGCUUUAGCAUCGUGUUUCUGCUUGUCUGCCUUUUCGGCUACACGACGAACAUAACCCAGGCAUUCGUCACCACCUACCCGACUCUUAUAGGCUUCUAUUUGUGCUCUCGCCUUUUCAAUGCGAGCUACCUACUGAUCAUCUGUUUUGUCAUACCCACAAUCAAACCAGUCAUGCUGUAUCACGUCCUCAGUACCGUCGUUGGGGCCGCACUCUGGAUUGGCAGCAUCUACGUCUCCUGGCCGAAUCAGCUCAUCGUCAUUUGGAUGGCUCUCUUGGUUGACCUUACAGGCGCAGCCUGGUACCUUUUCACCAAGGUGCUCUGCGAGCGUGUGUCCGGUAGUCUCGGCGCUUGGUUUGAGAAAACAUUCCAGUUCUGGCCCGCUGUAAAUAUCGAGCACCGCACUGAGCGCAUGAACGCGUUCGUUACCUUGGUCUUCGGCUACACCGUCGUAGCCCUACUUUACCAGAGCACCGUCAACGGCAUUGAUGCCUUCUUUGGUAAAGCUGUGCUGGGACUCAUUCAAGCAUUCUGCUUCAAUUGGUUGUACUUCGAAGUCGACGGUUCGAACCUGCAUACUCACGCCAUCCGUAGAGCAAAGUCAAGCGCAAUGCUCUGGUCCUUCGCGCACCUGCCUUUCAUUAUGGCUUUCGUGCUGGGAGGCAGCGCGCUUAGUAGGCUGGUCGUAGCCACUGAUACCACGCACGCUAAUGUUGAAGACCUCACGGAGACCUACCAAGUCCGCUCCGAGCACGAAAUCCGUGUGGGCACGCGCUGGUUCUACUGCGCCGGUUUCGCUCUUGCACUAGCUUGCAUGGGCCUGAUCUCUCUGGCUCACGUUCACAAGGAGAUCUCAGGCUUGCGCUUAAAGAAACGGUACAGGCUCGCAUGGCGGUUCUGCAUUGCUAUCGUGCUAAUCCUACUACCACUGGCUGAGGACUUGGACUCUAUCGAGCUGGUUGGCACGGUCACUGCUUUGAUUGUGUUUGCACUAGGCACGGAACUUUGGGCGGCAAGUAGCUGUCAGGAGAAGUGGUGCGAGCGGUCACGGCCCUGUCAGUAUGUGGGCAGGUGUGGCAAGGGGAAGUUGCACGCCGUGCUAAUGGAGGGGAAGAAUGUGGAUGUCAGUCAGUUGGCUAGUGGGAACAACAGCCAGGAUGGGCUGUUUGCUUGA